AUGUCACACGCAGAAGCAUUGAGUGCUUUGUUAGAAAGCCAAGCUGAACUUCAAAAUGCAGUACAAGAGUUAGUAACAAAAAUUGCUAAAGAUGUGGCUAUUACACGGGCACCCGUUGAAGUCCUAACUAAGUUAUCGGGUGAGGAUGAUGUGGAAGCCUACUUGGAGCUUUUCGAGCGCACUGCGGCCCGGGAGAAGUGGCCGGUAGCUGAAUGGGGAUCCAUUCUGGCACCUUUCCUCACUGGAGAAGCCCAGCGGGUGUGUAGCGACCUGGCAUUGGCGGAUGCUCAAGACUUUAAGAAACUAAAGAAAGCCAUUCUAGACAGCCAAGGGUGCAGUCUGCCUGCCAGGGCCCAGCAAUAUCACAACUGGACCUUCCAGCCCACACAACCCCUGCGACAGCAGGUAGCCACACUGCUCCGCCUAACACACCGCUGGCUAACGACCGAAGGGAACCCCCCCUCUGUAGAUAGACUGGUGAUAGACCGCUGUAUCCGAGCCUUGCCGCCUGAUGCCCGGAAGUAUGCCGCACAAGUAAGCCCUUUAACUGUGGAGCAGUUGGUGGCGUUAUUAGAGAACUACCAAGUGAGCAUGAAAAUGCUGAGAGCCACCCGUAUGGAAACGGCCAGAGCCACCGGGGAAGAGAAGCUAGGGCGCGACCGCCGAAGAGCGCCACCGCCAGCUCCGUCCCCACCCCAACCUCAGGGCGCUGCCCCCGUGAGACCCAGUCGGGCCCCACAUCGGAAAUGUUAUGUGUGUGGACACCCGGACCACAUGUCUUGGGCGUGCCCGGAACGCGACCGUGAUGUCUCCAUGGCCACAGCCCCCAGCUCAGAUGCAGGAAAACCAUGCCUCCACACGGGGAGUGGACGACGACAGCAUGCAAGCCUUCCAGUGAAGAUCGGGGGGACCGAUGCACAUGCAUUGCUGGACAGUGGGAGCGCCGUGACCCUGGUACAUGUUGACCUGGCCGGACCCUUCAGCGAAGACACUGUUCCAGUGACGUGUGUACAUGGAGAUGUCCGCCAGUAUCCGGUGAGCCAUGUACAUGUUCAGACACCCCGAGGGAAUGCACUGGUAGCAGCUGGAGUGGUACCAAACCUGCCUGUUCCCCUACUCAUCGGGUCCGACUGUGUUCUCUUUGGCCGUUACUGGACCCCAAGCUACAUUCCAAGUGCCGUUCCACGGCAGCGUCGCCGUCGCAACAAUGGACUCAAAAAUAUGAGACCGCUUGCAGCCUGCCCCGCGUUUAGGCCCUCGUCAGAGGCUCCACGGAGUGACAGCUCGGCUGAAGAGGAGCGACGGGAGAGCAGGAAGGAGGAGGAGGAGGCAGAAGAGGAAGGGGACCCCUUUGUGGAGUUCCCCGUACCAGAAGAGAGCAUCAACCAAAAAACGGGCGAGUUUGCCACUGCCCAGUGGAAUGAUCAGAACCUCAGCUGGGCCCGACAGCAAGUCGUGGAAAUUGACGGACAGAAAUGUGAAGGGGUGAGUGCACUUAAUUCACCGUAUUUUCUGAUAAAAAAUGGCCUUCUGUAUAGAGGGGUGCUAACAAAGGGCAGGGACAUAAUUGAGCAACUGCUGGUGCCUAAGUCUUAUAUCUCCCGAGUGCUUUAUCUUGCCCACACUCAUCAGCUGGGAGCUCACCUAGGUGUACAAAAGACGUAUGACCGCAUAAUAACCCGCUUCUAUUGGCCCGGUGUGAAACGAGCCAUAGAAGACUUUUGCAAGGGCUGUCCCGAAUGCCAAAAGAAUGCACCGAGACCCACCUAUCGAAACCCCUUGGUCCCGCUCCCCAUCAUCAGCACCCCAUUCUCACGUCUGGCAAUGGACAUCGUUGGACCACUCCCAAAGUCAGCCAGAGGACAUCGCUACAUACUGGUAAUACUAGACUAUGCCACCCGAUAUCCUGAGGCUGUACCAUUACGCACAGCCUCAGCCAAAGCGAUAGCACAUGAACUGUUUAUGAUGUUUAGCCGAGUGGGAAUUGCCGAUGAGAUUUUAACGGACCAGGGCACAUGUUUUAUGUCACAAGUGUUAACCAUGCUGUACAAAUGGCUGAAAGUGAAACGCAUACGAACCUCUAUAUAUCAUCCUCAGACAGAUGGCCUGGUGGAGCGUUUCAACUGUACGUUGAAGAAGAUGCUAAAAAAAGUAGCCGACGAAGACGGGAAAGACUGGGAUCACCUCAUUCCAUAUGUCCUCUUUGCCAUCAGAGAGGUUCCCCAGGCGUCCACUGGCUUCUCCCCCUUUGAGCUAGUCUACGGCCGACGUCCCCGAGGCGUGCUGGACAUUGCGAAAGAGACCUGGGAGAACCAACCCUCGCCACACCGCAGUGUGAUCGACCAUGUCGCCCAACUACAAGCCCGGGCUCGCAAAAUCUGGCCCAUGGUAAGAGAACAUAUGGAAAAAGCCCAAAGAGAACAGGCGAAAACGUAUAACAGAGGUGCCACACUCCGAGAGUUCCAAGUUGGGGAAAAAGUGCUGGUAUUAGUUCCGUCCAGCGAGUGCAAGUUCUUGGCCAGAUGGCAGGGGCCUUACGAGGUAAUUGAGAGAAUGGGCCCCGUCAACUACAAGACCACUCCCCCGGUACCUAUAGGAGAGGACCUCUCCCCGUCCCAAAAGCAGGAGGUGAAGGAACUUCUGGGACGGAACCAGGACCGCCUCUCGGAAUUGCCAGGAAGGACCCAGGCGAUCAAACAUGACAUUGAGACCAAACCCGGAAAGGUGAUAAGACAAAGGCCCUACCGAAUCCCAGAAGCCAGGCGGGCGGCUAUAAAAGAAGAGGUAAAGAAAAUAGUAGACGAGCUGAUAGAGCGGCUUGGCCCUGCUCGCUUUGUCAGCACCCUGGACCUGACCAAGGGCUACUGGCAGGUACCAUUGACGGAAAGGGCGAAACCUAAAACGGCCUUCUCCACACCAGAGGGGCUAUUCCAAUAUACCGUCUUGCCUUUCGGGAUCCACGGGGCCCCGGCAACAUUCCAGAGGAUGAUGGACCGAGUUCUACGGCCCCACCAAGAAUACGCAGCCGCCUACCUAGACGAUAUUGUGAUUCACAGCACCAGCUGGUCUCUCCAUCUCCAGCAUCUCGACGCAGUCCUAGGAGCCCUUAGACGUGCCGGACUGACUGUCAACGCUAAGAAGUGCCGAGUGGGUCUGACUGAGACCGAUUAUCUUGGCUACACCAUAGGAAGAGGCUGCGUAAAACCCCAGGCCCGCAAAAUGGAGCGCAUCAGGGAAUGGCCCCGACCCUUGACGAAAAAGCAAGUAAAAUCAUUUAUUGGCCUGGUAUCAUAUUAUCAAAAGUUUAUUAAAAAUUUCUCUACGAUUGCAACACCAUUGUAUGAACUGACACGGAACAAAUUUCCCCAUCAUGUCACCUGGACGGCUGAGGCCGAGACUGCCUUCAAGAUGUUGAAGAAAGCCCUAUGUGAAGAACCGGUGUUGAAAGCCCCCGACUUCAGUCAGCCGUUCAUCCUCCACACUGACGCCUCAGGCACAGGAAUUGGAGCCGUGCUCGCCCAGCUCGUGGAUGGAGAGGAGCACCCAGUGACAUUUAUUAGUAGGAAGCUCCAGAGCCAUGAGCGAAAUUAUGCCACAGUAGAAAAGGAGUGCUUGGCAGUCAAGUGGGCCAUACACCACCUCCGCUACUACCUAUGGGGUAGGACCUUCACCUUGGUGACAGACCACGCCCCCUUGAAGUGGAUGUCCACAAAUAAGGACCGAAACGAUCGCGUCACACGCUGGUUCCUGGAACUCCAAAAUUACCACUUCACCGUGGAAUAUCGGCCUGGGAAGGCCAUCCCACAUGCAGACGCCAUGUCCCGCCUAUAUGAAGAGGACAAAGAAGCUCCCGGACCGUCCGGCGAGCUUAGGGGGGGAUAUGCAAUAACCUUUGACCUUUAG